CGUACAUUUCCAACAGAACCAACGAGUGUUGUUAGCACGUUAGUGAAAUGGUUAAUAUUUUCUUAGUUUUCCUCGUUUUACUCGUUAAUUGUGUGGCCUGUCAAAAAUGGCAGGAUAGGAGAUCAACUGUGAGAAUAUCGCAAGGAAAGUUAGAAGGGUCGACCAUUUACACUGAGUCGUCGAAAAUCUCCAACAGUUAUCUGGGCAUCCCAUAUGCAGCUCCUCCAAUAGACGACCUACGGUUCGCACCUCCACAAAGACAUCCAGGCUGGAACGGUACGUUCCAGGCUGACAAAAUGGGCCCUAGAUGCCCCCAGUUACCCAUAAAACCUGGCGUGACCGACGUUGAGGACUGUUUAUAUCUGAAUAUUUGGACGCCUGGAAACCAGGGGUCGUAUUCGCCGUUGCUGCCCGUGGUGGUCUUCUUUGAGGGCAUCGAGUUCGCCAAAAGCAGUGAGCUACCUUUAUCUGGCCAAGAUUUGGCUGUGGAAGGCAUGAUAGUUGUUACUGUAAACUACCGGUUGAACGUCUUCGGAUUUUUCUGCUUGGGAACACCUGAAGCUAGAGGCAAUUUGGGCAUUUUGGACCAAUAUUUUGCGCUGUUAUGGAUUAGACAAAACAUCAAAGAGUUCGGAGGUGAUUCCGAAAAACUGACACUGUUUGGCCAUAGGUCAGGGGCUGCCAGUGUCACUAUGCAUCUCAUAUCUCCCAGAACUGCUGGUCUUUUCCAAAGAGCUAUAAUCUCAUCCGGAAGCGCCCUGUCGCCUUGGCAAAGCUCAAAUGAUCCAACCAUUGCUUCAAGAGAAAUUUUAAGGUUAUUGGGUUGCACUUACGUCUCAAACACUUUGCAGUGUCUUCGGUCCAAAAAAGUGGAACACAUCCUGCUGGCUCUAAAAGAGUAUUCUGAGUCAUACAACUGGACCGACAUGUUUUUGCCUGUUGUGGACACGUUCCUGCCAGAAAAUAACAGAUACUUACCUGUGGAGCCAUCAAAGGCCUUAAAAGAAGGAACGUACUUACAAGUACCGAUUUUAACAGGCAUCACAAAACCAAUAACCCAUCCCCAACACGGCGAAUGGGUGGAACUGGCAAGUCAAGGAUACAUUCAGCUGCAGCAAUACAUGGAACGAGGCAAGAUACCUGAAAUAAUGCGACUUCACAGGUUCACGGGUCAAAACAAGGAUCAAAUAUUUGAGCUCAUCAAGUGGAAGUACGCUUUAAAUAAUGAUGCAGAUGUCAGGGUGUUGUUCGACCAGCUUAAAAACCUGGAUUUUGAGUCUAAAAUUGAAGCACCACAUUUUAUGCAGCUCUCCCACUUGGUGUCAUCUUAUGUUCAACCCAUUUAUGUUUACUACAUUGAUGAUAUUGGAUUUGUCUUGAAUACUAGUGAUCAUUUGGCUAGUACAGAUUUGCUUUUGCUGUUUGGUCCUGUUUUGUUAAAGCAGACUGGGAGAAGAAGGUUUAACAGUAACGAAGUACGACUGAGUAAUUUGUUAAAAUACAUUUGGACUAACUUUAUUAAUUUUGGAAAUCCAACUCCAAAUAACAACAGAAACAAGCCUUGGAGGAAGUACACGACCGAAGAUCCUUACAUAGAACAUUUUGAUACAGUCGCAGUCGAUUCAACGGAUGAAGUGAAGAAACGUAUUCAAAGAAUCAACUUUUGGAAUACGUUACUUCCAAAAAUUUAUAGUAUUAAAAGUACUGCUACGAACAAUAUACCUAGAGAACUACAAAAUAGUCCUGAUCCCGCAGCAGGAUUCCGACAUGCCAUGUACAUUUUGAUUAGCCUUGUUAUAGUAUUACUGAUCCUUUUAUCAAUUUGUAUUGUGUUACUGAAGAAACGCUCUAAGGAUAGGGAACGGCAUUUCCAUAUGGGAUAUUAAUGUUAAUUUAUUUUUAACGCAUUUUAAUUAAUGUGUACUAUUUAUUUUUAAUAGGUAGUAUUAGUUGUUAUUUUGACCACAGAUAUUUUUUUA